AUGCAAAAAGACAAGAAGCAGAAAGAGCUGGAGGAGAAGAAGUUGGAUGAGUAUUGGAAGGACGAUGAUAAGAAGGCCCAAGCGAAAAUUCAGAGGAAGAUCGAAGCCGAAAAUAAAAGACAACAGAAACUUGACAGGAAAAAAGAAUUAAGGGAGUUAUACGGAGAAGAAGAAAAGGCGCUUAAGUCUAACAAAGAAAGUAAAACUACCAAUUCCAAGGUGACCCAGGCGCAAAUUUUGCAAAGGCUCAUCGAGGAGAAGAAGAAGGAAAUUCAGGAGGACAAGAAGAAGAAGGUAAGGGAGACACAUAAAUUCGAAAUUGUUAUGUCGAAAUAUGGAAUCGAAGCCGAAAAUAAAAGACAACAGAAACUUGACAGGAAAAAAGAAUUAAGGGAGUUAUACGGAGAAGAAGAAAAGGCGCUUAAGUCUAACAAAGAAAGUAAAACUACCAAUUCCAAGGUGACCCAGGCGCAAAUUUUGCAAAGGCUCAUCGAGGAGAAGAAGAAGGAAAUUCAGGAGGACAAGAAGAAGAAGAAUAACCUUAACGUGCACGAGAUGGAACUGGAGGACAACAUCAACCACAUCAUGAGGGACGAGAUAAACGACUAUGAUGAGUAUAUAAAUGCAAGUGGAAUCGAUAACGUCAUUUCUGCGUUGGACAAUGUCUCAUUUGAGAAAACCAAGAAAGUGAAAGUUGCCUAUAAAAAAUUCGAGGAGGAAAAUUUGCCGCUUAUUAAGGAGCAGUACAAGGGGUUGAAGCUGUCACAGUUUAAGCAAAUAUUGUGGAAGCAGUUUAAGAAGUCGCCCGAGAAUCCGAUGAACUAUAGGGAUUAA